AUGAGCGUAUUUCCAGAAAAGAAGCGGAUGGAUAAGAAAAAGAAAGAACGGACACCGGUGGUAAAAAGCGGGCCACAGAUACUGGCUGAACAGAGAUGGGCCCGGAAGAUGCAGGCAGCAAAGAAGGAUGCUGAAACGAGGUUUAUAAUUAAAAGGUGGGUAAACCUGAAAAAUGCCUUACAGAAGCCGCCUGAAAAGAGGCUGGCAGAGCUAAGGGAGGCAGAGAAAAGGCUGGCAGAAGACAGUCUGGACAUGCAGAGGCAGGAGAGGUGGAGAGAGUGGAGGCAGAAGGAGCGAGAGCUGUGGGAGGCAGAGCAGAGACAGAAAGAGCAGGAGCUCAACUCCUCCAAGAAGAAACUUGAAGAUCUGCAGGAGACACCUCACACACAGGUGCUUAAGUCUCCUACCAUCUUGGAGGAGUUGAAGAUGUUGGAUGAACUGCUUGAGGAGACAGAAGAUAUCAAACUUCCAUCAAUGUCCCCCAUCCAUCAGCCAGUCUCCCCAACCCCCACACCCCUGCCACUGGGUAAAGAUGGAGCAUACUUGGGCCUCACCACCACCAAGCCCCUGGAAGCUCAGGCCAGGCACCCCCACGGGGUCAAGCAUCCCACCUGCACACCUCUUCCUAAGGACACUCGAAUCUACACCCACCCCUUGGCCAACCAGGAGGAAGGAUUAGAGAGUGGAUUGGCAAAGAUGAAAGUACUGGAGGCAUCUGUUGGGGAGAGUUCCAACAGUGACAUAUUGACAAAAAUUGAGAAUGAGAUAAAGGCUGAGGAGGGGAAAGCAGCAAAGAAAGAGAGGGAGUUCAUAGAAAAGCAGAAGAAAGCAGAAAAGCUGGCCCAUGCUGGCAGUUACACAGUUCACAGCAGGAUCCACACUGGAGAGAAGCCCUAUAACUGUGACACAUGUGGGAAGAGCCUUUCCUCAUCCAGUAGCCUCAAGCAGCACAUGAGGAUCCACACAGGAGAGAAGCCCUACAGCUGUGACCUUUGUGGUAAAACCUUUAGUCAGGCUGGGCAUUUCAGAGCUCAUAGCAGGAUCCACACUGAAGAGAAGCCCUACAGCUGUGACCACUGUGGUCAAACCUUUAGGCAUGCUAGUGCUUUGACAGCUCACUGCAGGAUCCACACAGGAGAGAAGCCCUACAGCUGUGACCUCUGUGGUAAAACCUUUAGCCGCGCUGACAAUUUCAGAUUUCAUAGCAGGAUCCACACUGGAGAGAAGCCCUACAGCUGUGACCUCUGUGGUAAAACCUUUAGACAAGUUGGGAAAUUAACAGUUCACCGCAGAAUCCACACUGGAGAGAAGCCCUACAGCUGUGACCUCUGUGGUAAAACUUUUAGACAGACUGGGGAUUUAACAGUUCACCACAGAAUCCACACUGGAGAGAAGCCCUACAGCUGUGACCUCUGUGAUAAAACCUUUAGACAGGCUGGGGAUUUAACAUCUCACCGCAGAAUCCACACUGGAGAGAAGCCCUACAGUUGUGAUCUCUGUGGUAAAACCUUUAGCCAGGCUUGCCAAUUCAGAACACAUAGUAGGAUCCACACUGGAGAGACGCCCUACAGAUGUGACCUCUGUGAUAAAAUCUUUAGACAGGCUGGAGAUUUAACAGUUCACCGCAGAAUCCACACUGGAGAGAAGCCCUACAGCUGUGACUUCUGUGGUAAAACCUUUAGCCAGGCUGGCAGUUUCACGGUUCACCGCAGAAUCCACACUGGAGAGAAGCCCUACAGCUGUGACCUAUGUGGCAAAACCUUUAGACAGAAUGGGGAUUUAACAUCUCACCGCAGAAUCCACACUGGAGAGAAGCCCUACAGCUGUGACAUCUGUGAUAAAACCUUUAGCCAGGCUAACAGUUUCAGAGCUCACUGCAGGAUCCACACUGGAGAGAAGAUCUAG